AGUCCAAGAGUAACCGUGGGUGCGUACACCAUCCCGCAUCCUUCUCUUGAAAGCGUCAAUAUAUGGGUCCAGACUACAGGCGAUCCAGCGAAGGAAGUUUUCAAAGAUGCAUGUCAAGAACUCAUGCAAAUGAACAGACAUGUGAGAAGCGUUUUUGACAAGGCUGUUACUGAGUAUAAGGCUGAACAAGAGCGUAAGGAGAAGAAGGCUGCAGAAGAGCGUAAGAGGCAGAUGGAACUAUUUGGGUCCAUGGACAUUGAAACCAACUGAUUUUACAAAAUAAACAAUUGAUUUUCUCUAUGGAGUUUCAUACUGUUUUGAUCUUUAAAUCCAGAUUUAUCCUUAAAAAUUGAUUUGUUUCACAAUCCAACACUAAAUAAAAUACUCUUAAAUAA